AUGACCAACUUCGUGCACCGGGUCCGAGCACGUGUAAGCUCACCUAGCGAGAGAACAUCACGCGGGGACAUCGAACUUGGAAACAGUCCAAAGCAACCCGCCACAUCCACCAGUCCUGCCGCACCUAAGUACGAGUACCUGCGAGGCUAUCCGUCAUUAUCAACAUUCAUAUCCAGCAAUCCGCAAUCCGAGUCCUUCAUCUUUAAGCGAUUCGACAAGUUGGCUGCCAGGAACCUUCUGUAUCUCCAAAGCGAGCUCGCAUGUCUUCAAGAAAAGCUUGAAGACUUUGACAAAGAGGACUAUAAACCGCCCUACGAUCGUGAGGCAAAUGCCUGCGCCCGCUCGUGGGAAGACUUCGAGAGAGUUAAGGAUAGUAACGAGAGACAAAAAGAGAGAUGGGAUUUAAUGUUGCGAACCAGAAGUUGUCUAAGGGAAUAUCAAGAAACCCUUUUACUCCAGAGUAGAACAGCUGCUCUUUCAACACCCUCGAAAGAUGUUCUCGAAGCCUUUCAAGCAGAGUUCGUAGGACAUGGUUCAAGUCUAAUCGGAGCCAGCAAAACUAUAUAUGAUAGCAAUGACGACCUCGUGCAACUCCAUUCCACAGAAAGAAAAGACCGGGUCAGCACCUUCCUCGCAAAGUAUCUGUUUCGCUGGCUUCAUACCAACGCACCCAACCAAAACCAUGCCGACCCUCGAAUAACAUACGUCUACACCUCCCGUCUCGAUCUCUUCGUCGAACUCUUCUACGCCGUUCUGUCAAUUGUUCUCCUUCUUGGUGCUAUCCUCUCCUUAUACUUUAUUAAAAACGCUAUCUGGCGUAUUACUACUAUUGCGCUUUUCACUUUAGUCUUUGCAGCGUGUGCGAUAUUCCUGGCCGACGGAAGACGACUGGCUGUAUUUGGAGCUUGUGCGGCGUAUGCAGCUGUAUUAGUUGUGUUCGUGAGUAGCGAGAAUGUGAGCGGUGGAAGGAGUUGA